AUGAAUUCUAUAGAAAGCCAUGAGCUAAAUGUAAUUCCUUAUGACGAAGAAGAAGAGAAAUACAGGAAUUACCAAGAAAUACACAAGGAACUGGCGUCUUUAAAAGAAAUUGAAAAAGAUGUAGGCGAACUUGUGGGUGAUCAGCAGGAAAUUAUAAAAGAGGUUGAGAAAAACACCGAUAAAGCGCAUAAAGAAAGUGUAGAGGCAGGGAAUGAGCUGAAAAAAGCAGCUGUAACACAGGCCAAAGGGUGAAAGUGGAUGAUUGGAGGUGGGAUGAUGACUAUUGGAGGAGCACUAGGAGUUAUUGGAGGACCGGUUGGGAUUGGGAUAGGCUCAGCGUUAGGAGGAGCCCUUGGAGCUAAAAUUGGUAGUUCUUUUGAAAAGAGACAGAAAAAUGCGAUUGAUUCUAUAAAAUUUAACUAG